AAAGGCUAUUCUCUGAUUGGCCAAAGUGUCUGUUGUUUCCGCUGCAUGUCCAGCGUCGCUGUGUACUGUGGCAUUCUGUGAGGACCUUCGUUGAUCCGCAAUUAAAAACACAAAGCCUUGGGAUAGUGAGUGGUUGGCAAUGGCGUCCGACUCCCCGCGCAGACCAAGCCGCUGUGCUGGUGGGGUUGUGGUUCGAGCACAGGCUGCAACGGAGCAGUCUUACAUGGAAAGUGUUGUUACGUUCUUGCAGGAUGUAGUCCCUCAGGCAUACACUGGGACACCUACAAAUGAUGAAAAAGAAAAGAUAGUGUGGGUCCGUUUUGAAAAAGCAGACAUCAAUGAUGUGGCCCGCUUACCAGAGUUUCAGGAGAUGCACGGCAGCAGCAGUGACCCGCCUCUUUGUCUGAUGAUUGGCUACACCGAUGGAAUGCAGAUCUGGAUCAUAUCGAUUAAUGGUGAGGCACAGGAGCUGUUCUCAGUGCGGCACGGGCCCGUACGGACGGCUAGGAUUCUACCCGCCCCUCACAUCAGUUCCCUCAAGACUGACAGCUUUGCAGAGAAACGACCCCUCCUCGGUGUGUGCAAGAGCUCGGGUUCUUCAGGGACAAGUCCUCCUUAUUGCUGUGUGGACCUUUAUUCUCUGAGGACUGGAGAGAUGGUGAAGUCGAUACAGUUUAAAACUCCCAUCUAUGACAUACAUUGCAACAAAAGGAUCCUUGUCGUUAGUCUUCAAGAAAAGAUCGCUGCCUUUGACAGCUGCACCUUCAUGAAAAAGUUCUUUGUCACCAGCUGCUAUCCCUGUCCCGGGCCGAACCUCAACCCUAUAGCCUUGGGAGGCCGGUGGUUGGCGUACGCAGAGAACAAGCUGAUCCGGUGUCAUCAGUCCCGUGGUGGGGCCUGUGGAGAUAAUGCCCAGUCCUACACUGCCACUGUCAUCAGUGCUGCUAAAACAUUGAAGACCGGCCUGACCAUGGUGGGCAAGGUCGUGACUCAGCUCGCUGGUACUCUGCCAUCUGGGGUGCCUGAGGAGGAGGGCACGACCCACAGCGGCACCCGUCGUAGUCCUCACCAACCUGGUGUGAUCACCAUCAUAGACAUGCACACUGUGGGAGAAGGACAGGUUCUGGUUAGCGAGGAUUCUGAUGGAGAUGGAGUGAUUGCACAUUUUCCAGCACAUGAUAAGCCGAUAUCCUGCAUGGCGUUUAAUCCAAGCGGUAUGUUGCUGGUGACUGCAGACACACUUGGCCAUGACUUUCAUGUUUUUCAAAUCUUGACUCACCCAUGGGCGUCCUCCCAGAGUGCAGUUCACCAUCUGUACACUCUUCACAGAGGAGAGACUGAAGCUAAGGUGCAGGACAUCUGUUUCAGCCAUGACUGCCGUUGGGUGGUGAUCAGUACUCUUCGUGGCACCUCGCACGUCUUUCCCAUCAAUCCGUACGGUGGAGCGCCAUGCGCCCGAACCCACAUGUUUCCACGCGUGGUCAAUCGCAUGAGCCGGUUCCAGAAGAGCGCUGGGCUGGAGGAGAUCGAGCAGGAGCUGAGCAGUAAACAGGGCGGCCGGUGUAGCCCCAUUCCUGGACUUUCUAGUAGCCCGUCUGGGUCACCACUACAUGCCAAACUUACCAGUCAAGAAUCCUAUAACAACUUCACCAACAACAACAUGGGUAACCCACGUCUGUCUCCGCUGCCCAGUUUGACCGUCGUGCUUCCUCUGGCUCAGAUCAAACAGCCAAUGACCUUGGGCACCAUCACCAAGCGUACAGGACCCUACCUGUUUGGGGCUGGAUGUUUUUCCAUUAAAACUCCAUGCAAAGCCAAGCCGCCUCCCCAGAUCUCACCCAGUAAGUCCAGUGGUGGGGAGUUCUGUGUGGCCGCAGUCUUCGCCUCCUCCCGUUCCUGGUUCAUUACCAACCCCAAUAUGAAGCGAGAGAAAGAUCAGUCUCGGCAGGCAGUCGUCGAAUCACUCUACAUCCUGAGUUGCUACGGAAACCUGGUGGAGCACGUCCUAGAGCCUCGGCCAAUCAGCACGGCGCAAAAGAUAGGCGACGACACGCCCCUGGAGUUAAACACCUGUCCGAGAGCCUGCUGGAAUCUAGCCAGGACACCGCAGUGGAAUGAGCUACAACCACCUUUCAACAGCAACCACCCCUUGGUGCUGGCCUCAGACUUUGUGCAGUACUAUCAAUACCUUCUGGCUGGCUUGGUACCGCCUGGCAGCCCUGGCCCCAUCACUCGGCACGAGUCAUACGACAGCCUGGCGUCCGAUCACAGCGGUCAGGAGGAUGAGGAAUGGCUCUCUCAGGUGGAGAUUGUGACCCACACCGGCCCUCACAGAAGACUGUGGAUGGGCCCUCAGUUUCAGUUCAAAACCAUCCACCCGUCAGGACAGACCACAGUCAUCUCUUCCAGCUCCUCUGUACUGCAGUCCCAAGGGCCCAGCGACACCCAGCAGCCUCUGCUUGAUUUCGACACGGAUGACCUGGACCUCCACAGCCUUAGGAUCCAGCCAGUGCGCUCAGAGCCGGUCAGCAUGCCUGGGUCCUCUCGUCUGGUGGCCGACCGUAGAGGACAGUCCACAGUUAUAGAUACUGGCUCGGGUGUAUCCUAAAGGACGAACUUUCUGCCGUUUAUCAUUACUGCUUUUACUUUUUUGACGCUAUUAUUUUUGCCCCUUUUGUUUUUAAGCAUGCACAUUUACUCAGUCCACUCCUCCCCUUUCAUCCUCAUUUCCUCCCUUCAUAUCCUUCAUUGAUUUGCCAUCCUUGUGUAUGGGAGUAAAGAAGAAAGGAGAGGAGUUGAGGAGAGAGGAGAUGACUGGAGAGCUGGAGGGUCGCAGCCCAGCGCAACACCACCCCCCCCCCUCCCGUGUCACCGGUACUGUGAGGCAUAGGGCACUAGUGCAAAAUAUGGAUUAAAGAGCAACUAAUUCCCAGAUGGACUUUAUCUGUUUUUCACAGUAACUGCACUGAUUUUAGGGAAAAAUCUGCAGAAUGGAUUUCGGUAAUAAAAAUUGCUCAACCAGAACACCAGACACUUUUUUUAGCUGAAAGCAAUAAGCAAAAUACUUAAUACUGACUGAAUGGCAGUUUAAACGUGAAUUCUUGUCUCUGAUGCUGAGUUAAGGAUGUUCAUGUGGCCACACAUCAUGAAUUCACUGUAUUUAGAUAUGCAGUUAACAGGAUCACAAACCGAUCUGAGUUCAUAAGUAAAUGAGUAAAUCUGAUACAAACUAAGGCACAAGAGAGAGACGCCUGCAGGCAACACCUGAAGCCAAUCCCAAAUGAUCUGUUCAUGAGCUUCCUUAAAGUGAUAGUUCACCCAAUUUUACUCACCCUCUUGUCAUUUUAAACCUGUAUGACUUACUUUCUGUAGCAGAACACGAAGGAAGAUAUUUUGAAGAAUAUUGUUAACCGGCACCUUUUCACCUGCAUUGGUUUUGUGUUCAUGCAGUAGAAGUCAAUGGGUGCCGGCGCUGUUCGGUAAUCAAUAUUCUUCUAAAUAUCUUCUUUUGUGUUUUGGGGAAGAAAGAAAGUCAUACAGGUUUAAAAUGACAAGAGGGUUACAGAAUUUUCGAUUUUGGGUGAACUAUCCCCUUAAUGUUAACAUUUAUCACCUGUAGUGGAGCUUCAGCCAAAUAAGAAACUACUUUACAAAAAAUCUGAAGUCUUCACAAUUUUUUUAGUGUAGUGAUUUUUUUCAGUAUGAUUAACUUACUAGACAUAGCUUUAGCUGAAUAAAUAUAUGUAAACAUGUAUGUUCCAUUUCCCCUUUGUGUGAUAUAGGCUUUGUCCUCAAACCUAACCCAGUUUUUCCAUUUGAUGCUGUAAUUUAAGAAUUAACUUUUCGAAGCACAAAUAUCCAGUAUUGCUGCCUAGUGUUAUCUGUUUGAAAUUUGUAAAAAUACAACCACUGGCUGUGUUUGUUCUGUGCUGUUGUUACUAAUGCCAUAUGUUGGACUGGUGCAGUUGUGUGUAUAUUUAGCGCUAGCCUGGAAAAGACAAAUAAAAAUGUAAAUAUUUAUGCUGAAAAAUGUUU